CUCUGGGCUGGAACGCUGACAACAACUGUGUAUGAGACGCAGGGGAGAAAGUUAAUAAAGACUGAGUGCUUUAGGCUAGUUGAUGGAUAGACGGUUUUACUCCCUGUAGAAAGGUGAGACAGUAGUAACCUAUAGGCUACGCCUGCUCAACAGCCAACAAGAACUCACAGGAGGUCCUUAGGAGCGUUAUUUCAAACAGCAGGAGACCAUGAUGGCCAAGUCGUACGGGAGGCCCAGCGAGGGGGCGGAGCUAGUCAGUUCUCUGGAGUGGAUGGAUGAUGACGUGAGCUCCCCAGAUGGAGACGAGCCAAUCACAGCACACCGCUACAGACCGGGUGGAAUGGGCCACCUGGGCAGGGAGCUGGGCAGUGAGGACAUGGAGGAGGAUGAAGAGGAAGGGGAAGAGGAGGGCCAUGGAGACGGGAUUGCUCCCAAACGCAGAGGGCCCAAGAGGAAGAGGAUGACCAAGGCCCGGCAGGAGCGCUUCAAGGCGCGGCGUGUGAAGGCUAACGCCCGGGAGCGCUCGAGGAUGCACGGGCUGAAUGACGCUCUGGAAAACCUGCGCAGCAUCAUGCCCUGCCACUCUAAGACCCAGAAACUGUCUAAGAUCGAGACCCUGCGGCUGGCCCGCAACUACAUAUGUGCCCUGUCUGAAGCCCUGGAGGGGGACCAGUCCACGGAGAGCAGGGCCUUUAUGGAGACCCUGUGCAAAGACCUCUCCCAGCCUACCAGCAACCUGCUGGCUGGCUGUCUGCAGCUGGGGCCUGGGGGGCCUAUCGAGGAGAGACCUGAAGACAGGCAUGGGGGGAGAGGAGGGCCCACAAUCCUGGGAGGGGUGGGGAUGGCCGUUGGACCAAUCAGCUACUCCUCCCCCGGUCUGCCCAGCCCGCCUUACGGCACACUGGACUCCGCCCACCUACUCCACCUGAGAGGGAUGAAGGGAGGGGCUUACGAGAGCCACUCCCCUAACGACUGUAACAGUGGGGUAGGCACCCCUCCCUACGAUGGCCCCCCCACGCCCCCGCUCAGCAUUGGCAGUAACCUAGUGCUCAAGCAGGAGUCCUCGCCCCACUAUCUCCCCCCUCACCACUACCCCCCCUCCUCCAUCGGCCUGACAGGCCCCCAGGGACAGGUCUUGUACCAGAGCGCCCGCUACCAGGUGCCCCUGGAGAUGCCCUAUGAUUCAUACCGCCCUCCUCACAUGGCACCCCCACAGAUGGGCACCGUCUAUGGGGAUUAAGGGGUAGAGAGGACAGAUGAGACAGAUGAUACUCUCCCCAACAACACACUUCCCCAACUGGCUCCAUCUUGACCAAUGACUGAGAUGUUGGGAGAAAUCUGACUUUGAUAUGAGAGACCCAUCUUAGUACUAAACACUGUGAAACCAGCCCAUCGUUGUGAACAACUGGGCAGUUACUUAGUAAAAAGUAGAACGUGGAUUGUUGUUUACAUUUGUGUACUGUAAAGGUUAGUGCUCAACACUGUCAAAAUCAGCUCACGAUUGACUUUAAACCGCUUGUUUGCUGUGGUUGUUUCUGAACACCAAUUAAGCUAAAAGGCACUUCACUACUUGACCAUUUCCAAUGGGUUCACAAGAGGAGUGGGUCCUAUAGGUGGAAAGGCUGACUUGAAGAAAGACCUCAGCUUGAGCACUUCUGACCAGCACUCGGAACAUGCAACACAUCAUUCACUUGAAUGAAUAAUAAUGCAUUUAUUUAUUCUCUAAUUUAAUAUUUAUAUGAACUGCUGUUAGUAAUUUUGUGUUUAUCCUUUAUAUAUGUGUUUGGUCUUGGCCUUCUCUACUUGUGCUGUCCCUGUUACAUCAUUGACUGACUCUGAUAGUGUAUCUAUUUUCUCUCUUCUGUGUCCAUUUCUCUUUUGUGGUCAGUUGUUCCCUGUUUCACGUGGAACAAUAUUCUCAUGUAUAUUGCUAGCGUAGCUGAGGACCAGAGAGAAAACUGUCCAUGAGGAAGUGACAAAUGUCUGCUGUUGUAAUGACAAGAACAAAUAUCAAUUACAAAAUCUGAUCAAGGUGUAACUUGUUAUUAGAGAUAUCAUUCUGUUCAGACACUUUCUCCAUUGCCAAAUAUAAAAAAAAUGCAAAAAUGUUCCUCAAGAUGAAUACUUUUGGAUUGAAUUUUUUAUCCAUUAAAACCAUUUAAACUAA